AUGAAUUCGGAAGAAGCAGAAUCUAUCAAAGAGUUUUUCUCAAAGGAUUUCUCCAAUGUUGAAAUAAAGGACAUAAUUUCGAGCUCUGAUGAUGAAAGCUCUGAUGAAACAAGCUCUCAACAAUUAUAUAGCAAUGCAGAAGAAUGGUCAUGCGAGGAUAAUCUUGAUCCUGGAUGGGAAAAACAGCAGCGAAGAACUUUUGCAGCUUGGUGUAAUUCUCAUCUACGAAAUGUCGGAACAAACAUCGAAGCUGUCGAUGUUGACUUCCGUGAUGGCGUCAAGCUGAUGCUUCUUCUCGAGGUAAUCUCUUGCGAGCGACUUGGUAAGCCGGACAGAGGAAAUAUGCGAUUUCACAAAAUCGCUAAUGUGAACAAAGCUCUUGAUUUCCUUAAAAGAAAAGGUAUUCGAUUGGCAUCCAUUGGUGCCGAGGAGAUCGUCGACGGCAACGUCAAAAUGACCCUUGGUAUGAUCUGGACAAUCAUUCUCAGAUUUCACAUCCAAGACAUCUCUGUGGAUGAUUCUUCGGCCAAGGAGGGUCUCCUUCUUUGGUGUCAGCGAGAAACCUCGACGUAUAGUAAUGUUGACGUCAAAAACAUCGAUAAAAGCUGGAAAGAUGGACUCGCUUUCUGUGCGUUGAUUCACAAACAUAGACCUGAGAUUCUGCCACAGUUUUAUGAUCUUAAAAAGGAAGAUCCGUUUACAAAUCUCAACUUGGCCUUCGAUAUUGCUGAAAAACACCUCGACAUCCCAAAGAUGCUCGAUGCUGAAUAUCUUGUCAACAAUCCAAAACCUGAUGAGCGUGCUGUCAUGACAUAUCUUUCCAGCCUUUACCAUUGUUUCAAUGAGAGUAAUCUCAAUAAUAAUAAUAGCGAAAAUUUAACGAAGGUAAAUGACAAUGGUUCCAAGAAAAAUGAUACCGACGAAAAUCUUAUGAAUGAGAAUUCUGCAGCAAAAAUCAUCGAUGAUUUUAAUGAACUAAAUCUGAACCCGGAUUCUUCGGUGCACCCGAAAACGAUUCAAAAGGAUUAUUUAAAGUCGACAGGAGAAAGUUUUGACAUUAAUAAGAAAACAAAUUCUGGAAUGAUAAAUAAAAAGACGACGGCUCAAGAAGAAUUCAAAAAGCAAGAAACCUUGGAAAAAAAGAAUGCGUUAACUAGAGAAUGCAAAAUUUGCUGUGAAAAUUUCGACGAAAUCCGUUUUGAAUGUGUUCUUCUUUGUGGACAUCGAUUUUGCAAAAUUUGUAUUCAAGAGAUGCCCCAGAAGUUUUGCCCUGUCUGCAGAAAAGGUUACAGACCGGAACAAGCUAUCAAGCUUUUUGACUAA